GACAGAGAUUCUCUGUCUACGAUUAAAAGACUAAAGUUCAAAAAGUGACAAAUAUUUCAAUAUUACGUCAAAUAUUUUCUCCAUAAUGUGAAAACUUUUUAAUUACUCUUUAUAAUGAAGCAAUAAAAUUAGCAAUAAUAUCUUUUACAAAAUGGAAAGCGUAACAAAUUUUUGUGUAUCGCUUAUCAAAGGUUUUAUAGAUAGUUUACGAGGAGUAACUGUCUUAUUAUAUUUAGAUAGAGAAAUAAAUGAAAGGGCUCUCAGUAGAUCGCCACCAGCUGAUUUUGAAAACAGUAAACAGAAGCAAACAAAAGUGAAACAGGAAUCAAAAGUACUUACUAGAGUUUUACAAUCAUGUAUCCUCAAUGGAUUUAUAUUUCUGUUAAGCAUACUCAUAUUUGAGUACGGCCUCCUACCUGCAGUGAAGUACUUAGUUAUACUAGUGUUUGGUCACAACCCCGGUGUGGCGCAUAAUGUUUGGGGCUGGAUGCAACCCUUCCUCUCCAUGACAUUCAGGAUGAUAUGGGUGCUACCCCUCUUUCUGCUGAGCAAAUUGGUCAAUAGCUUGUGGUUUCAAGAUAUAGCAGACUCAGCAUAUAGACAUCGAAGAGGUCGUCCACAAUUCAUGUCUAGUGUCAGUAAAAUAAUUGCUGAUUCACUAUUCAGUCUCCUGGUGCAAGCUCUAUUUCUAGUUCAGAGUAUGCUAGUCAAUAUGUUACCGAUAACGUACAUAGGUGAGCUGUUGUGCUUAGUACACAUGUGUUUGUUGUACUCCCUUUACUCGUUUGAAUAUAAAUGGUUCAACAUGGGCUGGGAGCUACACAAGCGACUCACGUUCAUUGAAACCAAUUGGCCAUACUUUCUGGGCUUCGGGCUACCCUUGGCUGUGCUGACACAGAUCCCCCAGUCCUAUAUAAUAAGUGGUUGUGUGUUCUCAAUCUUCUUCCCGGUGUUCAUUUUGAGCGGGAACGAAGCUACCCCGGUCACGGGAAGCGAGUGCCCGCUGCGCCUGUUCUCGGGCGUCGUGGCGCUGGCCAACGGGCUGUUCCGCCUCGCGCGGCGCCGCGCAGACGACGCGUGAGCCCCUCAACUCGGACGUCGCCCGACAGCUACAAGUUGACAUCAAUUGCAUCGCUCACAAUUUUGUUUACUUUUAUAACAUUCAUUUAUUUCGUGAUAUUCUUUUAUUGUUACUUUUUUUAAUAUUAAAAUUACGAUUUUUCUAUGACAUUAUGUAAAUCCAGAUCAUAUAAGCUAAAAUAAAAUAUAAAUAAUAAUAUAGUAGAUUGAUAAAAUCUGAAAUACAUUUUAGGGACAGGACACCUGUCCCUACGAAGCGACGCUCGUGGUAGCUAAGUCGUAUAUAUAUAUAUAUAUUUAACUAUGUACGAUUACGUAUAUAAUGUAACGGGACUUUAAUAUGGGUAUAAAAUUUAAAUUAAAAAAAAUCAUUACUAAUUAUCCCGCUUAUCUAAGCGCGUCUUGAAUCAUUCUCGAUGGAAACAUAUCGAAAAAUAAUUUUAUAUUUAUGUUUUAUACAGGGUUGUAUGUAUAUAUCGGUGGCGUUAGAGUUGUGAACUGAACGGGUGCUGUUUAUAUGGUGGCCGUUCGUUUAUAUUCAUAUAAUACACAAAUCGUCUUUGGUUUGUAAUUACGAAACAAAAUAGUUUAAAAUGUUUUGUUAGUUCGAUAAAAAUCAUUAAUAUGUUUAUGUCGAAGUAAAUAAAGGCUGUUUAAGGAUUUGUUUACAAUGUAUGGAGCUGUGGUCACGUGUGGGAAUAAGAUUUGGGCAAAUGUUGCUUAAUUAGACACUUGCCGCAUACGCGUUGUGUACUCUUGUAUGUACAAUAUUAAUGUUCUUAAUUAUUAUUUAUUGUAUCACAAACAAAAUGUUCUCUUGCGAUGGUUUUAUUAAAACACUAUGGGUGCGCCUUUAUUUUUAAGAAUUGGGUCUUUGUAUGAAAAAAAGUGACGCCACAAGCGCUCGGAAAAUCAGCGCAUUAACGGUACUAAGUUCAAAAAAUAUUUUAUUUUGAUGUUACUUUAUAAUGGACAUUAAAUUAUUAACAAAUGUUAUUUUUACAUUUUGUUAUAAAACUUUUUACAAUUAUAACGGUUUUUUAAGCUUCGACCCCUUCCGAUGGAGAACACUUUGUAGUGACCGUCGACCAAUGGUGCCUGGGAUGUUUGGUGAAAUGAAUAAUUACUUAUCGCUACACAUAACGUUUAAUCAUAGUUAUAAAGAUCAUUCUCACUUUAAAUAGUCGUAAAUUGUGAUUUUAUUUUUACAUGACAUAAUUUAUUAAAGGAAUUGACUGAU